GCAGGCGAACCUACAAUAUGACCUGCUAAUCGCUCAAUAGGUUCAAUCAAACUCCACCCCAAUUUCUUCCAUAUCUUGUGCGCGAGUCGUCCUUCAAUGAUCCAACUACACCAAAUGUCAUUCAAUGCGGCUUCUCCAUGUCCAUACAAGGAAAUUGGAGGAAUUCAAUGGGGAGUCCAUCCCGGCUUAUGCCAUACUGUCUCACACUUGGUGGAAACAUGAGGUAACCUUUCAAGAUCUUUCAAAAUGGGGACAUAAGAUCUUGGAUGGAUAUACGAAAAUAGAAGGAUGCUGCCAGCAAGCAGCAAAGGAUGGAUUAAACUACGUAUGGAUUGAUACUUGUUGUAUCGACAAGUCAAGCAGUGCCGAACUUUCUGAAGGUAUCAACUCCAUGUUCCAUUGGUAUAAAAGGUCCACAGUAUGUUAUGUCUACCUAGCCGAUGUAUCUGCAGAAGACGACCCAUUCGACGUAUCUUCAGACUUUCGACGAAGCCGCUGGUUCACUAGAGGAUGGACGCUGCAGGAACUACUCGCGCCCAUGGAAUUGGUGUUCUUUGACAAGAUCUGGAACGAAGUUAGGAUCGGUCGCCUUGUUAGGGCCUUGCACACAUCGCGAAGUCCGAACACAAAUGCGCUCCCCAGUCAAGAAAAAUACCUCAAUCGAUUAGGCCUUCUCACCCUUCUCUCGGAUAUUACCAAUAUCCCCAAGAAAGCCCUCGACACCGGUGACUUUUCCAAGUUUUGCGCUGCAGCUCGGUUAUCAUGGGCUGCCAACAGGAAGACAACCCGAAUUGAAGAUGUGGCCUAUAGUCUUCUAGGUCUACUUGAAGUGAAUAUGCCCCUCCUCUACGGCGAAGGAGAUAAGGCCUUCAUACGUCUCCAGGAGGAGAUCAUAAAGUCGCGAAAUGACGAUAGCUUGUUAGCUUGGGGUUACCGCUUGAAACCGAAAGAACUCCCUAAGAUAUAUUCGGACAAUGUUCUUGCUCGGUCGCCCUCGGACUUCAGUCAUUGUCAUAACUUUCAAAACCUUGAAAGUGAAGAAACGAGCCCCGAAGUGCCAUUGACGACUUCACAUUCUGCAAUGACCAACAUUGGAUUACAGACAGCAAUUCCUAUUCGACCUAUAGAUCCCAAAAUGGGCAUCCACAUGGCCAUUCUACGAUGCAUUUUCACCGUAUGUGGCCACCGGUGUCAUCUAGUUAUCCCCUUAGUACACACACAAGGUGGGGAUAAGAAUCACUUCAGCCGAGCGCCAGGCAGCCCACCGUUUCAUAUCGAUAGGGCUAAGUUAUUUUCCCUUAUCAACAACUCUAGAUGUUUAUACCUCCUUAGUAGAGUACCGGCGUUAUGGAAAUGUUUUAUUACGAGGGCGACAACGACUCCUAUCUACAUACGAGAACAUCCCGUAACAGCGCCGCCACCGGUACACUGGACGAAGCCGAGUAAGAAAGUGAACGCGACAAUGAGCAUAUACAUAGACGAUCUCUUAGCUGCCGGUUUUGAACUCUCAUCUUUUUACCCUCCCUGGCUAAGCAGAAAGUCAGCGAGCGGCAACUGUCUAGUUCUACGAUUCAGUUCACAGAACACAGCAAGGUUCGUUCUGAUAUUCUCAAGGCCCAAGAAGUUUUCCACAGGAUAUCUGCACUUUGCAGUUUGCAUAAGUUUAAGAGGUCACACCAUCUCCAGAGUUGAGUGCGGUUCGGCGUUAGAGUAUCUGAUGGAGCAAAGCCAAAGCUUAGGGAUCAACAUGGAUCGUCAUGGGAUCAAGCAGAAAGAGCUCGAGAUAAGAGAGGAGACUACAGACGGGAGCGCUCGCCCUAUUCACCAUAUAUCGUUCAAAUACAUGUUUGGUGAUAUUCGAAUUAGGUGUAGUACUGGUGCGGUAAACGCAGCACGAGCUCUUCGAGCACUGCACUCACAGUAAGAAUACUAAACACAUAAAAUCAUACCUCUAAGUACCUAUAAGUAAAAGAGAUAGAUCUACUCUCAGAUACAAACCGCUGAGCCAAAAGUGUAU